GAGUAAGAGCAGGACACGCACGAAAGAAAUAGGCAGCGUCUUCCCCUUCCCUUUGUGGCGUAAAAGAAAAGAAAAUCUCCCGUCUCUUCGUCUCCUCCGCUCCUUGCGCCGCCAAGAAGACGAGUCGGGGGCGGCGAUCUCCAUCUGGCGAGCAGAGCAGGGGAGGGGAGGGGAUCCUGGCUCAGUCUUGCGACUUUCUUGCUGUAUAAUGAGAUCAUAUCUUUGAGUGCUCAAUGAUGUCAACACUAAUUGAUGGUCUCCCUAAUGAAGUUGCUCUUCAGUGCCUUGCACGGGUGCCAUUUUUGUCCCAUCCUGUUCUUCAAAUGGUCUGCCAUUCUUGGAGAGCAUCUGUUCGAAAUGGUGAGCUUUCCAAAGUUAGGAAUCAGAUUAGUGCGACUGAAGACCUGUUAUGUGUGUUAGCAUUUGAACCUGAAAACAUGUGGCAGCUUUAUGACCCUCUUCGAGAUAAGUGGAUAACCCUUCCUGUCAUGCCAUCUCAGAUUAGGAAUAUUGCUCGUUUUGGAGUGGCCUCGGUUGCAGGCAAGCUCUAUGUAAUUGGUGGUGGCAGUGAUCGAGUUGACCCACUUACUGGAGACCAUGACAGGAUCUUUGCAAGCAAUGAGGUUUGGUCUUAUGAUCCUCUCUGUCGUUUAUGGGUCCAGAGGGCUCCAAUGCUUGUAGCUCGCGCAAUGUUUGCCUGUUGUGCACUGGAUGGGAACAUAAUUGUUGCUGGGGGCUUCACAAAUUGCCGCAAAUCAAUAUCAAAGGCUGAGAUUUAUAACCCUGAAGCUGACACGUGGGAGCCUCUCCCUGACCUACGUCAAGCACACAGCUCUGCAUGCUCUGGACUUGUCAUAAAGGGUAAGAUGCAUGUAUUGCACAAAGGCCUACCAACAGUGCAGAUUCUUGAAGAUGGCAAUGCUUGGGCUGUUGAGGACUACUCUUGGCUGCAAGGUCCGAUGGCAAUGGUUCGUGGGGAGCUUUAUGUGCUGAGCAAUAGUUGCAUUAUGAAGCAGCGUGGUGUGAAUUUCCCUGAUAAGAUGGUGUCGUGUGCAUCUGAAUUCCAAAGCAGGAUAGGUUUUGGGAUGAUUGGUUUGGGAGACAACAUAUAUCUGGUUGGUGGAGUAAUUGGACCUGGGCCAAGAAAUCAGUGCAUCAAGCCACUAUCUGAUGUUGAUAUCUUGAAUGUUACUAGUGAGAGACCAACCUGGCUACCAGGAUCACCAAUGACACAUUGUCGAGGGAGCAUUUCUGGUUGUGCUUUGCUGAGGAUUUAGCCUCAUUCAACGUUGCUCCCAUGCUGGUAUCUUACUGUUGCUGAAGGGAAAGAUUGCAGAUAGCUUUUAAUGGUUCUGCCUUUCGUUUUAUUUGAAAAGAAGUCUGUUAAUUAUUGUUCAAUUUUGAAUUGCCUGUUGUAUUGAGGACAUAUAUGUUGGUCAUGGUUCAAUGCUAGAUUACCAGUCAUAUCCUGUAUUUAUCUUGAAUUUGGAUCUGGAUCCAAACGUAGUACUUUAUGUGCAUUUGUAAUUGUAUCAUCCUUGCAACUCUGUCCUGGAUGUGAAGUUUUUCAUGUAUUCCUAAUUUAAAUUCAGAUAAAAAAAGAGAAAAGGUUAGGAACAGGAA